CAAACCCAAAAAAAAUAAAAAAUAUUGUUUUCUUUCUAUAAGCUUUCUCUCUCCCUCUCUGUUUACAUUAACUUUUCUCAUAGAUGCAAGACUCAUCUUCAGAACGUAGUCUCCGGUCACCGGCGCCGGAGAGAACCGGAAAGAGUUCAAAGACUAAAAACGAGCAAAAGGGUGUAUCAAAGCACCCGAGUUUCCGUGGGGUGAGAAUGAGACAAUGGGGGAAAUGGGUUUCCGAAAUCAGAGAACCAAGAAAGAAAUCAAGAAUCUGGUUAGGCACUUUCUCCACGCCGGAGAUGGCGGCGCGUGCACACGACGUCGCUGCUUUGGCCAUCAAAGGUGGCUCAGCUCACCUCAAUUUCCCGGAGCUAGCUUACCAUUUGCCGAGACCGGCGAGCGCUGACCCUAAAGAUAUUCAAGAAGCCGCCGCCGCAGCUGCUGCAGCUGACUGGAAAGCACCGGAGUCUCCUUCUAGCACCGUGACGUCUUCUCCGGUCGCCGACGACGCUUUCUCCGAUCUCCCUGAUCUUUUGCUUGACGUGAACGAUCACAACAAAGUUGAUGGGUUCUGGGACUCGUUUCCUUACGAAGACCCUUUCUUCUUGGAGAAUUACUAGCAUCCCCGGCGAAUGAGUGAGUUUUCCGGUGGGUUUCUUUCCCCGGUAAAUAAUGAAAACGAUGUCGUUUUGUCCGGUUCUUUUUGUUUUUUUUUUCUUGUAUUUUUUUUUUUUUUACGUGUGAGUAAGUUUCCGAAUGUGUGAUGUGUAAGUAAGUACAUGUUAUUUAAUUUUUUCUUUUUUUUUUUCUCUUUUGUACAAAGACGUACGUAAUUUACCAAAAAGUUUUUCAAUAUAUUGAGCUGUUAUCAUC